AUGAGCUUGACACAAACUAAUACUUAGAAAAAGCAAAAGCCUAAAUUGCAGUUGGUUGUUAACGUCCCAGAUGUUCAGCCUGAGAGUACUCAUUCGACUGAUGCUUGGAAACAGCAAACUGACAUAUUUUUCAAUGAGCCUAUGUAUGUUAUAUUUGUUAUAGCAAGUGAUUAAUCCUUAUAAUUUAUGCAUAAUGGGAAAACAGUUGCAGAUGUAGCCCAAUUGAAAUGUGGUCGGAAAUAUUAGGAGGAUAGAUUUGUCGCAAUUCCUAAUCUAAAUAAAAAUGAAGAUCUGCAAUUCUUUUACGCAAUAUAUGAUGGGCAUGCAGGACAUUCCGUAUCAGCCAUCCUAGAAAACAAACUUCAUGAUUAUUUACAAAAGGAUUGCAAUUUUGAGGAUAAUCUGGAGAAGGCUAUUUUAAAUAGUUUUGAGAAGAUGAAUCAAUACAUAUUGGAUUGUCAGGAUGAGAAUCAACAUUUGGGUGGAUCAACAGCUCUCUGUGUGAUCAACAGACAGAAAGACCUGUAUGUUGUGAAUCUAGGAGAUUCGGCAUGUGUCUUAAUGACAGACCAAUAUGAGAUCGAGAAAUUGAAUUAGGAACACAAAUUGAAUAGGGAAGACGAAUUCAAAAGAGUAGAAAAAAUGGCUACAAUAUUGGAUAGACAUUCGAUUCCUCGUAUAAAUGGAGAGUUAGCAGUGACAAGGGCAUUUGGGGAUAAGAAACACCGUUAAUCUGGGUUGAUUGCUAUUCCUGAGAUAAAGUUGCACAAAAUUAGGCCUUGUGAUAAGUACUUGAUUUUGGCAUCGGAUGGAUUUUGGGAUAUGAUGAAGAAUGAGGAAUUGCAGUAGUUGAUUGAAAACUGGAAGAGACAGGAGGUCGAUCAGUUGGCUCAAUAUCUUCUAGAUAAGGCAGCAUCGAAAAAUACAAAUUAUAAAAAGGACAACAUGACUUUAAUAGUUGUAGAUAUUCAAUCUUAUUGGAAAAAAUGA